GUCAUGGGUAUGACUUAUACUCACCAUGACGCGUUGUUGACUUGAACGCCGUCGACUCGAAAGAUAUAGAAAAAUGUGUACAAGCUAUUUUCCUUAAAAGAAAAACAAUUCUGAAAGAUUAUUGCAAUCCUGAGAUACUAAAUGGCUACUGGAAAGACCCACAAAAAUACUGUGUUAAUUCCUGUGGAUGGAAGCAAGAACAGCAUACGUGCAUUUGAAUGGUAUUGCAGUCAUGUAAAAGAAGAAGGAGAUAAGUUAGUAAUUGUUCAUGCUUAUACUAUUCCUCCUAUGCAAGCUGCUAAGCACUCAAGUGUUGAUUUUAAGAACCAGUUGUUAGAGUGGCACAUAUUAAUCCAAAAAGCAGAAGAAAAAGCUAGAAGCAUACUCAAAAUAUUUGAAGAGGGCUGUAAAAAACUCAAGGGUUCUGUGUCAUGCCGUCUUAUGCAUGCUGGUGGAAAUCCUGGUGAAGUUAUCAUGAAAUUUGUAAAAGAUGAGGGUGCAAACUUAUUAAUAGUAGGUUCCAGGGGUAUGGGAGUCAUCAGACGUACAUUUUUAGGUAGUGUUAGUGAUUACAUUGUUCAUCAUGCAAGUAUUCCAGUAAUAGUAGUACCACCAAAAUAGCGCUAUGAUACAGAAUAAUUUAUAAUAUUUGCAUCUAUAGAGUUUGAUUUAGUACUUAGAUAUAUAGAGGAUAUAAUAUGGCCAUGUGGAGAUAUGGAUUCUAAAUUCGAGUGUUGAGCUAAUAAAUUAUCUUACUAGUAAGCACAGCGAGGUAUUUUCAACACAAGAAGAUAAAAUAUAUGUAUUUCCAUAAAUUUCGUAGCAUACAUAGAUAAUAUCUAUUGAGAUAGAAUGAAAAAAGAACUGAAAAUGAAAUAUUAGAGUUUACCCAUGUCACCCAGACAGAAAAUAAAGGUUGGUCAUAAGACAA